UUCUUCCUAAAUGGCGCGAGAAGUGGUAGAUGACGACAACAAUCAUGUUAUAUGUGCCACACAUCUUUUUUGGAAUGGGUGGCGUUUGAUCAUGAUCAGGGACGCCGAAACGACCAAGGGGCAGGAGAGGUUUAAUUACCAAAAGAUGUAAAUAUGAGUUCAUCAGUCAAAAAAGAUCUUGCUAAAUUCUGUGAACAACUCCCCAAAGUUGAGCUGCAUGCACACCUUAAUGGCUCAAUCAGUAAAGAAACAAUAAAGACACUUAUCAGCAUGAAAAAAUACCAUUUAGACGACCAAGAUAUUACAGAAGAAAUGACUUCAAUUUUAAAUGGGGAACAAAAGACAUUAAAUGACUGUUUUGCAAUUUUUAGAAUUGUUCACAAUGUCGUUGACAACCCAGAGGCAGUGUAUUUUGCAACAAAAAAUGUGAUUAAAGAUUUUGCAAAUGACAAUGUAAAAUACCUAGAGUUGAGAAGCACACCUAAGAGUAUUGGAAAUAUGACUAAAGAGAUGUAUAUGGAUGCAGUUUUACAGGCUAUCCAUGAAUGUAAUAAUGAUUCCGAGCUAGAUAUCAUUACAAUUUUUCUAGUUUCCAUUGACAGACGUAAUGGUACGAGCAUUGCUGAGCAGACAGUUGAUCUUGCCAGAAAGUACUUCCUUAAAAACCAGUAUGUUGUUGGCAUAGACUUGAGUGGUGACCCAAGACAUGGAAAGCCAAAUCAUUUUGCCCCUGCACUCAUUAGGGCAAAGUCUCUAGGACUUAAAACAACAGUGCACCUUGCAGAGAUCAAAGGUAAUGAUUCAGAUAUUAAAAUACUGUUAGAUACAAAGCCAGACAGAAUUGGUCAUGGGACAUUCUUGCGACCAGAGGAUGGUGGUUCUCGGGAAGCUUUAGAUUUUGUUAGGCACCAUAAGAUUCCAAUUGAACUUUGCCUAACAUCCAAUGUCAAAGCACAAACGGUUCCAAGUUAUGAUGUACAUCACUUUAAGAAGUGGUAUGAUGAAAAGCACCCAUGUAUAAUAUGCACUGAUGAUAAGGGUGUCUUCGCUACAAGUCUGUCUAAAGAAUACUACUUGGCUGCAAUUUUUUUUCAGUUCAACAAGGAUGCAUUAUGGGAGCUGUCAGAAAAUACCAUUGACUAUACCUUUGCACCAGACAACAUCAAAGAAGUUCUUAAGAAAAAAUGGCAACAGUCUAAGCUCUUAUUGAUGGACUAAGUGAAUUGAAAUUAAGAUAUCUUUUUUAAAAAUCAAAAUCCUCAUUUUUGUAGUAACGCCUUCACCUUUUAGAUUGCUUGCCGCUAUUGUGAUUCAAAUUUCUUAUGUCACUUGUAUUUCAGAUUAUUUACCUCUACUUUGG